AUGUAUUUUUUAUCUGAGAAAGGGGCAAAAAAAAUGAUGGUCCAAGAGACUAGACUCACCAGGCUUUGUGGGUUGGAUAUGCAGAGGCCUGUUAUCCCUCCACUGUCAGGAGCCAGAGGUCUUCGCUGCUCUGUGUAACCAGCCUCACGCUGUACCCUCUCGUCCAGGAACCAUAACACCUAAACCUUCGUUCAGGUGCCAUGCUUCAUCUCUCAACUUGGAGCGGGCAGGCCAGCAAAGUGCAUCCACCAACCCAACCUAGCAAGGCAAAGCCCUGUCCCAUCAUUCUAUUGCCCUUACUCAAGUUACAAGCUGGCGUUACUCAGCUCGGCGUUCUUGCGUGGUUGUCAGAAAUACUAUAAAGGCUGAUUUUCUUUGAUCAUGACCGAGGAAUCUAGAGUGCAUGUUGUUUUGGAGGAUUUGUUGCAGCAUGUUUUGAUAAAUUUGCAUAGCAUCCAAAAGAAUCUGCAGUUUUGGCAGUCCAGAGCUGAGAGGUCAAAUGCUAAGAAAGCAUAUUUCAUGAUGUUUGAGAGGGGUCCAAGGGCUUUUAUUGAUGAAACAGUUAAGUUGUUGCGUGGACGUGCUGCUCAGGGUUCUUCCAUACAGAAUCUAUGCCAAUCUGCAUCUGAUUAUAUUAAUGAGAGAGUAGCUGUUUUGAGUUGCUUAAGAUGUUCACUGGCUACAUUCUUGGCUCAGGUUUAUAUGGAAGUAGAUAAAAUUGGAGAGGAGUUAAUGACAGAUCCAGAGAAGAAGCUGCCCUUUUUGCUGGUUACAAUUAAUAAUAUGUUUUCAACAUUAGAAGCUUCGAUUGGACAUCUACAUGCUAUGCGUCAGAGUGAUUCUUCUGUUGAUGGGAGCUAUUCUGUUCCCCUGUUGUUUGAGAAGCUUCCAGAAAUAAAUCAGAAUGGGUCCCAGUGGACAGAUUGUGAAAUCAGAGAUGCUAUCAAUUCACUUCAUCAAAAUUUAGACAAGCUGGACUCAUACAUAUCUUUUCUUGUAAUUAAACAUAGAAAGCCAAGGAAAGUAACUCAAUAUUGGAUCCGCUAUACAUGUGGUGCAGUUGGUCUGUCAGUAUGCUCCAUUUGGCUCUUACGACAUAGUAGAUUUAUGGGAAGUUCUGAUCUUGAUAAUUGGAUUGAGGAAGCAAAGGACUCAACAGUUGGCUUUUUUAAGGAUCAUGUAGAACAACCGAUUUUGUCCAUUAGAGAUGAACUUUUUGAGACAUUCAGGAAGAGGCAUCAAGGUAUUAUGGACCUUGAAGAGGUGCAGUUGACUUCCAACUCACUACACAGAAUGUUGUUGGCUUUCAGUGAGCAGACAAAGGGUCAGAAGUUCCCAGUGAAUGCCUCAGAUCAGGAAAUGCUUGAGAUCGUAAUGGAUAGGUAUGAGAAGGAACUCAUGCAUCCUAUUCAGAACCUUCUUAGUGGAGAGCUGGCUCGAGCUAUGCUUAUUCAGGUUCAGAAGCUCAAGCUAGAUAUUGAGACGGCAAUGCUAGAGCUGAACCAGAUUCUACGAGCAAAUGAAAUCAAUUUUGCAAUUCUAGCUGCUUUACCGGCAUUCUUUCUCUCACUAUUACUCAUCGUGUUAGUACGUGCUUGGUUCAAACAGGAUACAAAAGCUGAGGGAAGAGGUAGAGUUGCUCGGAUUCAAAGGAGGCUACUUCUUGUUGAGGUUGAGAAAAGGAUUAUGCAGUACCAAAAUUAUGUUGAGAAAGGGCUGGAGAAAGAUGCACAAUGUAUGUUUGGAUUGGUACUCUAUAGCCUGGAUCGCCUAUAUCAUUCCGUCAAGAGGCAUGCAGAAGCUUCCGGAGAGUGGCAGUGUUUGCGGCAGGAUAUAAUAGAUUUGGCUAGGCCUGGCUUGCAACCUGCAUACAAGCUCACUGUGACAUCACGCAUGGAUAGAUUUGAUUGCUUGCUUCCAACUUUGAAACGCCGGUAGCACAUUUAAUUCUUUUUGGUCGUAAUUUUGAAUAAUGUUUAUCAUACUACUUUGACACUCAAUUUUGUAGUGGAUACUGUGCAUAAUAUUCCUCGUACAUGGUGACAUUUUUAUCACCAUUGUCAAGGAUUUUGAUAAUUUUAUCAGUUGAAUG